AUGCAAACAAACUUUGAUUUGAGAUCAAACGUCGACUACGAGAGUGAAGACAAUUACGAUUUGAUGAAAGACUGCAUUUAUCCGACACUUUCUGACGGAUUGAAUAAGUUUUUGGCGCCGAUUCUGGUCUCAAAUGUUAUCUUAAAAGAUAAUAAGGAGAAAGAGAUUGAUUUAGUUAAGACAUUGAUCGCAUCGCUUAGUUAUUUAUUACAUCCGUUGUCUUCAUUACUGGGUGUUUGGCAUCCCUUCGAUGUCAUCAAAACUAAUAAAUCUUCAGAUGUUCUCAUUAUUUCAUCUGUUUUGCCACUCAAUCAAUGCUUCAGUUAUGGAACUCAGAUAACGAAUCCAAUGCAAAUAGAGUUACCCCGAUCUAUGGUUGAUGUUGUGGUCGCCUGGAAUAUUCCUAUGCAUAUAUGGCUCAAAACACGUACAAUGUAUUCAACUCUUCAAAGAAAAGGCUUCAAUUUUCAGAUAUGGAGUGUUCUCUUGAGUUUAGGAAUCCUUACAAAACUUGAAUACGAUUUAAGGGAAGAGUUGUCUAAAAUAUUCAACGCUUGCAUUCAUGUCCGACGAUGUCUUCACAAACACAUCGAUUCAAGUGAUAGUAACAAUUCAGUGAACUCUUGGAAUGUCUUCAGGUUUAAUGAUUCGCCCAAAGUAUGUGUCAGUAAAUGGAAACAUAACAACACUCAAUACAACUGCAAAUGGGUUUUUGUGGUCAAUGUGUUGUUCUCAGUGCUGGCCAUCACUCAUCUCGCAUAUCUUGGAUCUACAUUUGAUGGCAAAGAAGAGUCAUCGACGAUGUCUAAUGUUAUGGCAAUUUGGAAAGAGUUGAAAAGGGCUGCCGUCGGCACCAGAUUCAGAGCUUUGAGAGUUUGA